GGAAGGCAUGCCAAGGAGGGAACUGUCCCUUGGGGCGUGACGUUUCAAAGAGUAUAAAUGGCCAGUCUGGGCCAGCUUGACCAGGGAAGCAAUUAGCACAACUAACAGUUUCUCUUCGCUACCAUACUAGUACCUUCCCGCCAAUCUAUCAACCAAUUCCUCUCCCCACCUGAUCCUACCGCCAUGUCUCAAAUCCUCACCGUCUUUGGAGCCACAGGCAACCAAGGCGGCUCGGUCAUCAAAUCCGUCCUCGCCGAUCCCGCCCUGUCCAAGCAGUGGACGAUCCGGGCCGUCACCCGCGACCCCACCAAGCCAGGAGCCCAGGCCCUCGCCGCCCAGGGCGUUGAGCUGGUCACCGGCGACAUGUCCUCCACAGAGGCAGCCCUCCCCGCCGUCACCGGCGCCCACACCGUGUUCCUGGUGACCAACUUCUGGGAGACGAUGAGCCGGACCACCGAGGUGGCGCAGGGCAAAGCGGUGGCGGACGCUUCCAAGCGCGCGGGGGUGCAGCACCUGAUCUUCUCCUCGCUGCGGGACGUGACGCAGAUCAGCGACGGCCGCCUGGCCCACGUCAGCCACUUCGACGGCAAGGCCGAGAUCGAGCAGUACAUCCGCGACAGCGGCGUGCCGGCCUCGUUCGUGCUGGCGGGCCUGUACAUGACCAACUUCUUCCAGAUGCUGAACAAGCAGGGCGACACCUAUACGCUGGCCUGGCCGGUGGAUAUGACCCAAGCGCAGGUGCCGUUGUUCGAUCCGGCGGAGGAUACAGGCAAAUUCGUGAAGGCGGCGAUCAAGCACUUCCCGUCCGCCGUGGGCCAACGCAUCCUGGCGGCGGAUGACUACUACUCGCCCCAGAGGAUUGUGGAUGAGUUCCACGAGGUCACCGGGUAUAAGGUCCAGACGGCCCGGAUCCCGGAGGAGGUGUUUAAGUCGUUCUUGCCGGCGCCGAUCGCGCAGGAGAUGCUGGAGAAUAUUCUGCUGCUGGAGGAUCCCGGGUACUACGCUGGGGAGUCACUCGCGCCCUCGCGGGAGCUGUUGGAUGAGAGUGACAAGCCUACUUCGUGGAAGGAGUUUGUGGCGCGCCACAAGGAGAAGUUCUAAGCUAAGAGGGGUUGGUUAUAUGGUUAUAUCUCAAAGUAGUUAUAUAGUGACUUAAC